AUGUCACUUCUACUGACAGUUUUGGCCCUCACUGUUGGACUACACCAGUGUGUUGGAAAUGAGCAACAUGAUGCAGCUUUUAGUGCUUUGGCAACUGAUUUGCCAAACACACAAGAGGAAAUUGUUGCUAAGCAUAAUGACCUACGGAGACACGUGGAGCCUCCUGCUUCCAACAUGCUAAAGAUGGAAUGGAAUGUCACAGCGGCAAACAAUGCCAAAAGCUGGGCUAACGAGUGCAUUUACACUCACAGUCCUCAAAGCAAAAGGACAAUUGAAAACAAUGUCAUAUGUGGUGAAAAUCUCUUUUAUUCAAGUGUUCCCAAAACAUGGUCAGAAGCAAUCCAAGCAUGGUUUGAUGAGAAGGCAGACUACAUAUAUGGACAUGGACCAAAAAAAGAGAAUGCGGUAAUUGGACAUUAUACUCAGUUGGUUUGGUACAAAUCCUACAUGAUUGCUUGUGCUGUGGCUAAGUGUGCACAUGAAUUAUACCAGUAUUUCUACGUUUGCCAUUACUGCCCUGCGGGAAAUGUACUGGGAGAAAAUUUUUAUAAGCCUUACAAAGAAGGAAAACCAUGUGGAGAUUGUCCUAAUGCUUGUGACGCUGGACUAUGCACCAAUCCUUGCCAACAGGAAGACUGGUUCUCCAAUUGUGGCAGGCUAAAGGAACUGCAUACGUGCCAGCACCCGAUCAUUAAGAAAAGCUGUCCUGCCUGCUGUCAGUGCACGACAGAAAUACAAUAA